GCGCGCGCGUUGUGGGCGGCGCCCUCUCGCGGCUCUUCUCGCGCAUGGCCCCGGGCUGGAGCUCCAUUCAGCGCGAUGGCGCCUGUGGAAGCGUGACAGCGGCAGCAGCUCGCGCGUCUCACUGAUAUCUUUCCCGAGAAGAAUAUGGAAGCUCUCGACAGUAAAUGUGCCCUCUCGCUGGCGGUGUUAGUCUUCUGUCAAAUAGUUGAAGUGUCACAAGCCUAUGGAUUCAGAUCACAGAAGAAGCUUGCGGAAAACAUAGACUGGUCAUAUUCGGGAACUCUAAACCAAAACAACUGGGCCAGGAAAUACCCAUCAUGUAACAACGCCAAACAAUCACCAAUAAACAUCGAGGAGAGUCUAGCACAGGUCAAAGUUCAAUUCCAGAAGCUAAGGUUAGAGGGCUGGGAGAAGCAGACUGAUGAGUCAACCACAGUGAAGAACGAUGGAAAGACAGUGGCCAUAGAUGUGGGUGGUGAAUUCUACGUGAGUGGAGGGGGAUUGAGGUCCAGGUUUAAGGUGGGCCGCAUCAUCUUUCACUGGGGUCGCUGCAAUGCCUCUUCUGAUGGCUCUGAGCAUGGCCUCAAUGGAAUAAAAUUCCCCCUGGAGAUGCAGAUAUAUUGUUAUGAAGCCCAUCAUAGCUCUAUUGAUGCAGCCCUGAUGAAUGGAGGAAAAAUUACGGCUCUUGCUAUAUUGAUCGAGACAAGUGUUGAGGAUAAUGAAAACUAUGCAGCCAUCAUUGAUGCAGUCAACAGUGUCAGCAGACAUGGGAAGACUGGCAGUAUAUCUCCAUUUACCCUGCAAGGCCUCCUGCCCAACUCCACUGAGAAGUACUUCAUCUAUAACGGAUCUCUCACCUCCCCUCCCUGCUCUGAGACCGUAGAGUGGAUUGUGUUUAAGAAUACUGUGGCCAUCUCUGAGGCACAGUUGGAGAUGUUCUGUGAGGUGAUGACCAUGCAGCAGGUUGGCUAUGUGAUGCUGAUGGACUACCUCCAGAACAACUACAGAGAACAGCAGUCUCAGUUUAUGGGUCAGGUCUUCUCUUCAUACACCGGCACUGAAGAGCUCCUCACACCAAUUUGUAGCUCUGAGCCAGAGAACGUGCAAGCAUAUCCGCACAACUACACAAGUCUUCUAGUAAUCUGGGAAAGGCCACGGGCUGUAUAUGAUGCGAGCAUAGAGAAAUACUCUGUCACCUACCAGCAGGCACGGGGAGAUGACCAGCCUACACUUGAGUACCUCACUGAUGGAGACCAAGAUGUGGGAGCCAUCAUCCAGGACCUGGCAGCUAACACUAGCUACAUGGUGCAGGUGGUGGCCGUGUGCAAUAAUGGUCUUUAUGGCCGCACAAGUGAGCAGCUGAUAGUGGACAUGCCCGUGAAUGACCCUGAAACAGACCCUGAUCCUGAUCCUUCUGAAAUUGAAGAAGAGGAGGAGUAUCAACCUAACCCUUUUUUGGUCAGACAGGACUUGAAUCAGGCACCAAUUCAAAUCACUACGACCUGGCCCACAUUUACUUCAGUAGACCCUCCUGUGCCUCCUGUCUUUGGUGUAACAACAACCAUACCGUCCACUGGAACCACAGUGCAAAACACUCCCCCAUCUUCCCACAUGACCACUAUCACAACUUUCAUGACAGAUUUAGUCACUUCUGAAUCAGAAUACAGUGGCAGCACGGCACUGACAAAUGUACUCACUUCUGACUCACUUUACAGUGGCAGUACAGCACCAAGUAUGACCUCAGAGAGUGAGGAUGGCAGUUAUAGUGUUGUAGGUCCUACAGUGGAAACAGUCACCCCUGAUGCAGAAUCUACAUCAUCCUCAGCUACAACUGAAGGGGAGGUCACUGUCUCAGAUGGCUAUGGGCAGAACAUAGUUGCAGUUACUACAGUUGUGCCCCUCUCUGAAAGCCCUGCAACAGUAAUCCCCUCCCUCCUCCCCCCGGAGGUCUCAUUGCAGACUACAACUCCCAGCGUGUCUUUCCUAACCACUGCUGCCUUCAGUGCUGUCCUCUUGCAGACCACUCAGCCAAUGUUCAAGGGUGAGAGCUCCCCCUCUGCACCUUCUGUAUCUGACCCAUUGCAUGCCAGUCCUGUGUCACUCCCCUCCUCUAGUGCUAUGUUGUAUGAGUCUGCGUCCAUCUCUGACUGGGAUGCCCCAUACUCUAUCGCUAUCCCAGUGGUGUCCGAUGGGCAGCCAUCUGUCACAUCCUUCCCUUCCUACCCCACCCAGUCCUCCUCCAGUUAUGUGUCUCGUUGGGCUGCGGAAUCUGUCUCUAGUGGUGGUUGUGGUGAUGAUGAUGGUGAUGAUGGUGACGUAUUGUCUGGGUCGACUUCUAGUGCCCCCCUCUGUAGCAGUUCAGGUACUGUCCCUCUACAAACUUUGCCUGACUUGGUUGACUCUGUGCUCUCAGAGUCGUCUGAACAGACUCACCUCUCUAAGCCUCGCAGCACUGUCUCAUCUCUGCAGCCUUCACUUGCCUUUUCUAGUGACUACUCUUUGGUGACAGAUGUUUCUGACUUUAGCACUUUACUCUCAGGUACCACUGGAAACUCUGGCAUACUAGUGGAGCUGGCAAAGUCUUCUUCAGUAGCUCUAGCUAUCAGCCAAGAUCACGAUGGCCCUUGCAUUCACUGUCUCAGUUCCACCUCUCUGCAUGCCUCUCCUCUCUUCUUGAAGCCUUCAUCUACUUGGGAACACCUUUCAGGUGACCUGUCUAGCCUGGUAGAUCUCCAUUUAUUUCUGUCUUCUUCCACUAUGGGGACUUCCACAUUAUGCAGUGCAGUAGACUGGGACAUCUAUGCUGGGGCUCCUCUGUCUUCUGCCGAGCCUUCUAGUGACCUACACUUCUCUAUUACAGCAACUGGUGGCACCAUAAUCAGUGAAAGUGUCUCUACUUCUUUGGAACCUACCACUUUGUGGCCUAACUCCAGUCCAGAGACUGUUUCCUCCAUGCCCACCCACUCUGCUGAAGGUCCUGUGGACAGCAGUGCCUCAGGCUGGGUGGUGGACCAGGACUGGGGCCAGACUUCAGGAUCUGGAGACUGGAGUUCUGCUCCUUCCACAUUAUCUGCGGUCCCCACUGAAGCCCUACCUGAGGAGCUAGAGGAGGUGCACUCCUCAUCCUUCUACUUUGAGAACGAGAGCGUGAUGGAAAGCGAGUCAAAAACAAGCAUCAUUGCUGUCCACCCCAGCCCACCCUGGGCUCUCGGAGGUGUGGAGGAAGAGAGUGGCUCAGGCGAGAACCUUACGGAUAAUGAGACGUCUUCAGAUUUUAGUAUCCCAGAGCGAGGGGACAAAGACUCAGAGGAAGAGCUGGUGGCAGAUGCCAGUAACAGUAGUCAUGAGUCACGCGUGGGUCUGGUAGGCAGCGUGGAGCGUCAGAGGAAAGCUGUGGUUCCUCUGGCUGUUGUUUCUACCCUCACUUUCCUGUGUCUUAUAAUACUGAUUGGCAUUCUCAUCUAUUGGAGGAAGUGCUUUCAGACUGCUCAUUUCUACAUAGAGGACUGCACUUCCCCCAGAGUCAUAUCUACCUCUCCUGCUCAUCUCUUGAGUCGCACAGAUGAGCAUGAGCCUCUUUCAGUGAAGCAGUUUGUAAAACACGUCACAGAACUUCAUAACAACAACUCCUUCUCCAGAGAGUUUGAGAUAUUGAAAGAGUAUUUUGAGGAGGUUCAGACAUGCACUGUGGAUCUGGGAACUACAACCGAUAGCUCCAAACACCCAGACAACAAGAGCAAGAACCGAUAUGUCAACAUUUUAGCCUAUGACCACAGCCGAGUGCGCCUCUCAUCCCAGUCUGACAAAGAUGGAAAAAAUGAAGGGGACUACAUCAAUGCCAACUAUGUAGAUGGCUUUAAUAAACCGCAAGCCUACAUAGCAGCUCAGGGCCCUCUAAAGUCAAGCAUAGUGGACUUCUGGAGGAUGGUGUGGGAGCAGAAUGUGGGAGUGAUCGUCAUGAUCACAAACCUGGUGGAGAAAGGAAGAAAAAAAUGUGACCAGUAUUGGCCCUUGGAGAACCAAGAAGAGUAUGGCUGUUUCCUUGUGACUGUUAAGAGUACCGAGGUUAUGGCCUAUUACACCCAGAGAACUUUCACCAUAAGAAACACACAUAUAAAGAAGGGUUCUCAGAAGGGUCGUGCUAAUGAGCGAACGGUAAUGCAGUUCCACUACACACAGUGGCCAGACAUGGGUGUGCCUGAAUAUGCACUGCCAGUGCUCUCGUUCAUCCGCAGGUCAUCCAGAGCUAGGACAGAAGAUGUGGGGCCUGUGGUGGUGCACUGCAGUGCUGGUGUGGGGCGAACAGGUACCUACAUCGUGCUGGACAGUAUGUUGAAGCAGAUUAAAGAGCAGGCUUUGGUGAACAUCAUGGGCUUCCUCAAACACAUCCGCACACAGAGGAACUACCUUGUGCAGACUGAGGAACAGUACAUCUUUAUCCAUGAUACACUGGUGGAGGCCAUUCUGAGUAAGGACACAGACGUGCCAACAAGCCACAUCCAUAGUUACGUUAAUGACCUACUAACCACCGGACCCUCAUGCAGGACUCGCCUAGAAAAGCAGUUCAAGCUGGUGAGCCAGUCCAGUGCCAAGCAGUGUGAUUACUCUACUGCUUUGAAAGAGUGCAACAGAGAGAAGAACAGGAGCUCCUCUUUGAUACCUGUGGAGAGAUCCCGAGUGUGUUUGUCAACAUCAGCAGAGGAAACCUCAGACUACAUCAACGCUUCUUAUAUUAUGGGUUAUUGGCAGAGCAAUGAGUAUAUCAUUACCCAGAAUCCUCUGCCCAGCACAGUGAAGGACUUCUGGAGGAUGAUUUGGGACCACAAUGCCCAGGUUGUUGUGUCACUGUUACUGACAGAGGAUACUGAGCCAAUGAUGUUCUGGCCCAAAAGAGAUCAGCCAAUCAGCUGUAAGAUGUUCACAGUGUCUUUAAGAGGGGAGGAGCAUAUUUGUCUGUCUAAUGAGGAGAUGCUGGUUGUACAGGAUUACAUUCUAGAAGCUACUCAGGAUGACUAUGUUCUGGAAGUCAGGCAUUACCGUGCCCCUCGCUGGCCAAACCCAGACAGCCCCAUCAGUAACACAUUUGAACUGAUCAGCAUUAUCCGAGGGGAGCGAGGGUCUAAAGAGGGGCCCAUUGUUGUACAUGAUGACUACGGGGGUGUGACAGCAGGGACGUUCUGUGCCCUUUACACUCUGCUCCAGCAGCUGGAGGCUGACAGUUCCGUGGAUGUUUACCUGGUGGCCAAGAUGACCAACCUCAUGAGGCCAGGAAUCUUCACAGAUAUUGAACAGUACCAAUUCCUCUACAAAGCCAUCUUGAGUCUGGUUGGGACCCAAGAAGAUGAGAAAGCGCUCCAGUCCUCCGACAACAACGGCACAGUCCCAGGAGGCCUUGCAAGUGCCGCAGAGAGUCUGGAAUCCCUUGUGUAACCAUAGCAACGAGCAAACACAGCUCACAUGGACGCUCCCUUUUCCCUGCUGCUCUGCUCUGUUUUUAUCCGUUUGUUCACCACCUUCAUUUGACAGUCCGCAUUGCUGGACAUGGUGUGAUCCUGGAACUUGGAAUGUGUGCCUUUGUACAUUCAUUCAUCUCGUUUAACCACUUUGAUACAGUUUUAAUGUAGACUAAUGUAGUCUAUGUCUCUGCCACUUUGUACUAACCUCGUACUAAUUUCUUUUAAUAGAAUUUCAUAUUUAUUGGCAUUAUGUCUCAAUGAAAGGGAAGAAAAUCACUUUUUAAAAAGACAUAUUUUAUUAGUCUAUAUUUUGUAGUAAGCCACAUUGUUUUCCACAUGGAUGUAAAUACAAAGAAUGUGGCAUUUUUUUCUGUCACAGUUUUCAGACAAGGUCAUGGAAUAAUAUUCUAAUUUGUAAAUAAUAUUAUAGCAACCAUGUCAAUGGACCAAAUUUCUAUUUAUAAGAUUAGAUUUUUAUAUUUUACUACUGUAGUGCUUCACGCUGUAUGCACUCUAAUAAUGUAGUCAAAACAUUGUUCUGAUAUUUCUGAAGUUUCCCAAUGUUUUGUACUUUCAUUGACUUAACAUAAAUUGUGAUUAUACUGACUCUUUAGCUGUAUAUAAAAAUGUUUCUGUUACAUGUAGGAAUAAACACAACACAAUAAAACCAAAUAAGCAGGAGUUA